UGCUCAGACAAGAGGCUGCUCACUCCAGAGUGCGUUGGUGAGGAGAGAGGAGAGCAGAGCGUGCUUUACCGGGAAUGCUGAGCGAGAAUGACAUAUGGGUCUGGAGGCUCCUUGCUGUACCCCCAAAGAUCCCCAGCCUUACAGACAAACCACACUGAUUCCUUUGAAUGUCGACAAUAUCCAUCAUCCUAAAUCUGUACACGACAACUGGAUUUCUUCUAUUUUCUGGUGUGUGAAUAAUCGGGAGAGAUGAGAGUUCACUUCUCCACCAGUUGGAUAUUUCAAGGCUGGAUCAUCCAUCUGGUUCUCACUCUGUGUGCACAGAGAGCCCUGUCUAGACCCACCUGUUCCCAGCAGCAGUACCUCAAAGAAAAGAGAUGUUGCAGCAGGUGUGAACCAGGGUCCUAUGUGUUUGCAGAGUGUGCUGGGUACUCUGACACAAAGUGUCGUCCGUGUGGCAGUGAUGAGUACCAGCCUGACUGGACCAACGAGACCAAGUGUCUGCCUCAGAAGUUCUGUGACACAGGUAAGGGCUUUAACCGUGUGAGGCCCAGUAACCGCCUGGCUGCAGUACCCUGUCAGUGUAAACCUGGUUUACAGUGUUCUCCCAUCAACUGUGAGUUCUGUGAGAAGAUUCCUACCUGUGGACCAGGAUAUGGACUGGAGACUGACACUGAGUCGGGCAGGAGAACUUGUGUUGCGUGCAAGAGAGGACAUUUCUCUCCCAACACCUCUAUGGAACCAUGCAGUCUGUGGACCAAUUGUAACAGUCUGGGGAAGAGUGACAAGCAGACUGGGAGCGACCAGACUGAUGCUGUAUGUGGACCCCAUCUCUCUGGUGCCUCUACCUCCUGGGUCCUACUGUGGGUUCUGUCAGUCAUCACUGUCCUUUGUCUCCUCAUCCUCCUGCUCUUCUGCUACAAGGAAAAACUUCGACUACUCUCAGUGAAUUUACGAUCAUGUGUCCAGAAUCUGAAAAGGACCAGGAUACAGCAGGAGACUCUGGCCCCUCUCUACCACAGUGGCGUCGUGGGAGGGGGACUAGAGGGUCAGAGCGGCACUCUGCGUGAGACAACUUGUCUUAUUGGCCUGGCUCACAGCCCCUCAGAAACCCCACACACCUGUCCUACAGCUACACCUGGUGACCGGGUCAAACUGCCACCCACCAAAGAGAUGGAGGAGGAAAGGAGGGAGGAGGAGGAUGAGGGGGUGGGGAGUGAGGGGUCGGGGGAGGCAGAGGAGGUUUCUGAGGAUGGUGUGUGUGAGGUUGUACCAGAGGAUGUGUGUGUGUCUCCACUGUGGGCUGGCUCCUGUGUGUGUGUGUUGUCUGUCAGGGAACCAUUAGAGGUAGGGGAUAAUGAAGACUGUAGCCAGGCUGUCAACCCUGGAACCCUCGGAACCUGCUCCUGUGGAGGAGAGGGGGAGAGCAAGGGGGGAGAGAAGGAUGAAAGGAAAUAUGGAGGGAGGGAGAGGGCCAAGGUGGUAGAGGGUCUGCAAGUGAAGAGCUCUGAGAGGAGCAGCCAUACCUUCUCCCCCUUCUCCCUCUCUCCCACCUCCUCCUCUCUCUCCCCCGCUGACCAUUCAUGUGACCUCUACCCGCCGCUGACCCAAGUCAGGUCAGAGGUCAAAGGUCAGUUUAUUGACAGCUCACAGGGGAAAGGGGAGGAGCUAUACAGACUGAGCACAAGCUCCACCCUCACCACAAAAGCCACGCCCCCUUUGACCUCCGCAAUAUCUCCUUACCCCUCGGUGACCUCUGUAACUGUGGGGGACCGGCAGUCCGAGCUGACCUCUGAAGCCUCCAGCAGUGAGCAAAACCAGGGACUUUCUUGGAGGGACAUUGGGGGAAACAAGCUCUCGUCUGUGGGCUCGGAGCUGGAUUGUGCCCCUGAGAGCCUCCAGAGUCAACUCACGGAACCAGCACUCACCUCAGGUCAGGUGACGGGGAACAACAACACCACCUUCAUCUCUAGUGGUCAGGUGAUGAACUUCAAUGCUGACGUCAUCGUCGUCUAUGUCAGCCAGACGUCUCUAGGCAACGAGGGGGAGGGGCCAGACGAUGCGUUCGGAAGCCCCGUCCAGGAACAGGCCAAUGAGAGAGCUCCGAUGUUCCAGAGUUCCAUCUCCUCCAAAAGUGUCAGCCAUUCGUCAGUGGCGUCCUCAGUAAACUCCAUUACCCAUAACCCCCUACGGCAGGAGGACAACCUGUCGGUUCAGGAAGUGACUGAUCAGUGGCCGAGGGAGAAUUGAAUUGAAAAUGGUGGAUAGUGUACCAUUAAACCACGAGAGGAGCGAAGCCUGUCCAAAACCUACUGCUACGACCUACUCCAAACAAUCGUCCACGGUCUUCCUGGGUAGGUGUUAAGUAUUGGAACUGGGCCAUAGACUUGGAACCUGGAGGACUGUGAUCCUCAUCUGCCCUUGUGGUUGUUUCUCAGUAGUCUCAUGUAGAGCUUUGGCGGUCAUGAAAUUUUGUCAGCUGGUGAUUGUCAAGCAAAUAACUGCCUGUCUCACGGUAAUUGACUGUUAAUUAACAUAAACACAUACAGCAUCUCCUGGCUUCCACUUCCUUCAAGACACUGAUGCAGACCUUUACAAAUGGAAUAAAUCCAUGUAAUAUAGCCUAAACCAUCACAGUAAAUCCAGUAUUUAUUUUUGAGUGUUCUAAAGAAACAUGAUAUGAAGAAAAUGUAGACUAUUUCAGAAGAACAGAAUAGCAUAGUCUGAGUUGUCCUUAUGUUAGGUCCUGAUCUGGCUGUGCCAUAUGUCUGUGGGCUACACUGGUUCAUUUAGCAGACAAGAUUUGUUUAGAAUCCGUGGCAUCAUUUUAUAUUUUAUAAUAUGAAGAAUAUAAUUGAACAAUGGGCUAAUGGAACAAAGCUGAAUAAUAAUAACAUGGUGCUAUUCUGUGUUGAGAGGUUAACAAAGAAUCAGGUACAGUACUCUCAUAUGCUUCAUUUAGAGUUAUUUGUGUAACUUUAGUUGUGAUACAAAUGUUGGGCUAUAUGUAUUGAUUUCUUAUACAUUUUACGGCUGCAUGAUGCGACUCUAAUGAUGAUUUGAAAAAAAGUUGCAUUAAAGGCAUGAGCUCUGCUUUGUUUUUCUGUGCAGGAUGUACACACUU